CUGGCCCCUGCACCCCCUGCCUCCAAGGACCCCCAGCACUCAGAGGCCCUGCAAAGGCCAGACCAUGCCCUCCUCAUGGGCCCCAGCCCCACAGUGACUGAGGCGCAAGGCCUCCCCAGCACCAGGCUGCUACCAGGGGCCAGACAAGGACUGGGGAGUGGUGAGAAGCUGGUCAAAAGGCGUGAAGUGGCGGUUAUGUGGGCAGAAACGCCCGGGGACGGAGACUGGCGGCUGAAGCCCGCGGGGUCGCAGCAUCAGGCAGGCCCAGCCAUCAGGCACCGCGCGGCGGGCGGGCCUGAGGGCGGGGCCUCAGUGAAGGGCCGGGGAGCCGGGGUCCUGAGGACGGCACCGCAGCCCGCGUGCAGAGCCCAGGAGACGCCGGCUGCUGAGCACGCAGUCACCUUCACUGAAGGUCUGUCUGUCAGGAAGCCUGCUGAGGGCUGGGUCACUGAGGCCACUGUCCGGUACGCUGAACACAAGCACAUGGCCCUGCUCCCCGUGAGGCCCGAAGAUGCCACUUCCUAUGAUGAGAAUGCUGCCCGGCUGAUUCCAUCUGGUUCUUCAGAGCUCACGGAUGAGGGCCCAUCAUCUCCAGAGGGAUGCUCUGCUCCCUCAGACCAGGUCACCGCCCCCCCGCCCCCGCCCCACCAGAACUUGCAAAGUCUCUCCUGUCAGUACCGCAGCAGGAAAUAA